AAUCCACAUUUAUCGUAAAAUUCAUCACUAUCAAGAAAAUAAACAGCCCGAAAAUGGCGGACGAGGAGCAGCAAGUACGUCAGCUGGAGAUACUUUGCACGCAUCUAUACGAAGCCACAGAUGCCGUUCAAAGAGCAGAGGCAGAAAAGACCCUAGUUCAGUUUCAAAAUGCUCCAGACACCCUCAAUAAAUGUCAGCUUCUCCUGCAGAGGGGAGAUUCUCCGUAUUCCCAGCUUCUGGCAGCAACCACCCUGACUAAACUGGUUACAAGAAAUUCACAGUCUAUAUCCAUGCACCAGCGAGUUGAUAUGAGGAACUACAUCCUGAACUACCUGGCGACGCGGCCAAAGAUGGAGCCUUUCGUGGUGCAGGCCAUGGUGACGCUGUUCGGCAGGCUCACCAAGCUCGGCUGGUUCGACGCCACCAAGGACGACUUCGUCUUCCGCAACGUCAUCGAGGACGUCUCCGUGUUCCUGCAGGGCUCCGUGCAGCACUGCAUGAUCGGCGUCCAGCUGCUCUCCCAGCUGACGGUGGAGAUGAACACGCUGACCGAGACGGACGCCAUCCGCUCGCUCAACAGGCACCGCAAGACGGCCGCCUCGUUCCGCGACACCAGCCUCUACGAGGUGUUCCAGCUCAGCUGCACGCUGCUCCGCACCGCCCUCGAGAACUGCAAAAACCUCGACUUCAGCGACGAGUCGCAGCACGGUCUGAUGACCCAGCUGCUGCGGCUCUCCCAGAACUGUCUUAUGUUUGACUUCAUCGGCACCUCGACCGACGAGUCGUCGGACGACCUGUGUACCGUGCAGAUCCCCACCGCGUGGCGGCCCGCCUUCCUCGACGCCGCCACGCUCAAGCUGUUCUUUGACCUGUAUGCCUCGCUGCCCUACUCCCUCUCCUCGCUGGCGUUAUCGUGUCUAGUGCAGAUCGCCUCCGUUCGGCGGUCAUUAUUCAACAACCAGGAGCGGGCCAAGUUCCUCAACCACCUCGUACAGGGCGUCAAGAACGUGCUACAAAAUCCCCAGGGUUUGACUGACGCCAACAACUACCACGAGUUCUGCCGGCUGCUGGCGCGGCUCAAAUCCAACUAUCAGCUGGGCGAGCUGGUCAUGGUCGACAACUACCCGGACGUCAUACGGCUGGUGGCCAAGUUCACAGUGGAGAGCUUACAGAUGUGGCAGUUUGCGCCAAACAGCGUCCACUACCUGCUGAGCCUGUGGCAGCGCAUGGUGGCCUCGGUGCCGUACGUCAAGGCCUCGGAGCCGCACCUGCUGGAGACCUACACACCAGAGGUCACCAAGGCCUACAUCACGUCCAGGCUCGAGGCCGCCGCCGUCGUCGUCAGGGACGGCCUGGAGGACCCGCUGGACGACCUGGGCAUGGUGCAGCAGCAGCUGGACCAGAUCAGCACCAUCGCACGCUGCGAGUACAAGAAGACGUGCCGCCUGCUGGUCAGUCUGUUCGACGAGACGGCGCAGGCCUACCAGCAGGCGCUCAACGUCAACAACCGGCUGGAGAGUGCCAUCAAGGAAGCUCAGCUAACCCGGCUGGUUUACAUAAUUGGCUCGGCGGUCGGCGGCCGGGUCAGUUUCAACACAAACGAUGAGCACGACAGCAUGGACGGAGAGCUCAUCUGCAGGGUACUCCAGCUCAUGAACCUGACCGACUCGAGGCUGAACCAGGGUGGCUGCGAGAAACUCGAGCUGGCCACCAUCAGCUUCUUCGAGCAGUUCAGGAAGAUCUACGUCGGCGAUCAGGUACAAAAGACGGCCAAGGUGUAUAGUCGUCUCUCCGAGGUUCUCGGUCUCAGUGAUGAGGCCACAGUGCUUAGUGUUUUUAUGCGUAAAAUAAUCACGAAUCUGAAAUUCUGGGGCGGCAGCGAGCAGAUAACCACUCGCACUCUGAUGCUGCUCAACGAUCUGUCGGUGGGCUACAGCAGCGUGCGGAAGCUAGUCAAACUGGAGGAGGUGCAGUUCCUGCUCAACAACCACACGAGCGACCACUUUCCGUUCCUGGGCGCCGGCGUGGCGGUGAAGGAGAUGAAGUGUCGCACCAUGUUCUACACGUCGCUGGGCCGGCUGCUGAUGGUCGAACUGGGUGAGGACGACGCCAAGUUCCAGGCGUUCAUGGAGCCGCUGACGGCCGCCUUCGACGCCAUCGGCGCGCUCAUGGCCAGCGAGGCCAACAUGUUCCAGGCCGCCGGACAGGGUGAGGAGACCAAGAAGGCGCUGAUCGGGCUGGCGCGCGACCUGCGCGGCCUCGUGUUCGCCUUCAACACCAAGGCGUCCUACAUGAUGCUGUUCGACUGGAUCUACCCGGCGUACACGCCGAUCCUUCAGCGCGCCGUGGAGCUGUGGUUCACCGAGCCGCAGCUGACCACGCCCGUGCUGAAGCUGUUCGCCGAGCUGGUGCAGAACCGGUCACAGCGACUGCAGUUCGACGUCAGCUCACCCAACGGCAUCCUGCUCUUCCGCGAGAUGAGCAAGCUGCUCUGCACGUACGGCGAGCGGAUACUGACAAUUCCCGACCUCUCCAAGGACCAAGUGUACCCGAUGCGGCUCAAGGGCAUCUGCAUCUGCUUCUCGAUGCUCAAGUCGGCGUUGUGCGGCAACUACGUCAACUUCGGCGGGUUCCGGUUGUACGGUGACGAGACGCUGGACAACGCGCUGCGGACGUUUGUCAAGCUGCUCCUCUCUGUGCCACACAGUGAUCUCCUGGACUACCCGAAGCUGUCUCAGUCCUACUACGUGCUGCUCGAGUGUCUGUGUCAGGACCACAUGGCGUUCCUCUCGUCGCUGGAGCCGCAGGUGUUCCUCUACAUUUUCGCCUCGAUCUCAGAAGGACUGCAGGCGUUAGGUGGGAAUCUGAACUAUUUCACAGAUACCAGUCAGCGGCCCGGCCGGCUCACUAAGCUGGGAAAGGUGGGACCGGUGCUCGACACCAUGGUGUGUACCGGCUGCUGCGCCACACUCGACCACAUCGUCACAUUCACAUUCAAACAGCUCGCGCAAAAAGGCAAGAAGAAGCCGGCGCACAACCCGUCUGGAGAGGCGAUCCUGCAGAUCCUGGAGCGGCAACCGGAGAUCCUACAGCAGCUGCUGGCCACCGUGCUCAACAUCAUCAUGUACGAGGACUGCCGCAACCAGUGGUCCAUGUCGCGGCCACUGCUCGGCCUCAUCCUGCUCAACGCCGAGUACUUUGGCGGCCUGCGCGAACAGAUGGUGCUCAGCCACCCGCCGGAGCGGCAGCCGGCCAUCCGGGCGGCGUUCGACUCACUCAUGGACGGCAUCGAGAGCAACCUGCUCACCAAGAACCGGGACAGGUUUACUCAGAACCUGACCACGUUCCGGCGAGACGUGAACGACCCCUCCAAGAACCCGGGCGGUGGCGGCGGCGGCGGCGGCGGCGGCGGCGGUCAGGACGCGGCCAUGAUGACGUAGCGCCGCCGGUCGUGCUCGGCGGAGGCACGCCGGCGCGCGCCACCCCCUCAGAGGCUGACCAUGUCUUUCCAGGCGGAGCGCGCCGCCCGCCCGCCGCUCGCCGCCCGAUACCUGUGGCUGCCGCACUAGCGGCGUCCAGAGGCGGGCGCGCGCGUGCUGCAUUUGUACCGAGCUCCCGGACCGGGCCGGGCCGGGCCGCGGGGCAGGCCGGCCGGCCGGUCUGUCGCUGCCCCACUGAUGGUGAAUUGAUCGUCUCAGAGUAUAAAUACAUGUCAUGUGUCUUAGA